AUGCGUGUAGAGACUGAAGGUGGUUUGAACGAAUUGCAAUUGUAUUUGGAGUAUGCUGACGGAGGAGAACUUUUUGAUCAGAUUGAACCCGACGUUGGGAUGCCACCUGUGAAAGCUCAGUUCUACUUUCGCCAACUUCUCAAUGGUCUUCAGCAUAUUCACAGCAUGGGAGUUGUUCAUCGAGACAUCAAACCAGAAAAUCUCCUUUUAACUGGACAGGAUGUGUUGAAGAUAUCUGACUUUGGAAUGGCCACAGUUUUCCGGCACAGUGGUCGCGAAAGAAUGCUUAACGCGGCUUGUGGGACGAUGCCUUACGCUUCUCCUCAAGUCAUCAAGGGAUUGUAUAAAGCAGAACCAGUUGAUAUUUGGUCUUCUGGGGUUGUUCUUGUUGCCAUGUUGGCCGGUGAGCUCCCUUGGGAUUCAGCGUCUAAGUACGUUUAUGGUAAGGUUGUUGUGACGGCAACCAACCCAUGGAAGAAAAUUGACAACACAGCGCUUUGUACAGCUAUGUUGAUUGAGAACGAGAAUUUGCGCGCCACUCUUCAAAGAAUUUUGGAGCAUCCAUGGACGAAUGCUGGUUUUGGUAAGACGUGUUACUAUCACAUCCUUCUAACAUCUUGUUUCGUUUACAGGAUUUUCACGUCUGACCCGAUGGCUAUGAUGGUCCGUCGAAUGACGCGAUUUUGUGUUACCAUCUGUGGUGCAGAGGUUCUUCCUCGCAUAGUAGCUGCUUGCGUCAAUUUGGGAUUUCUUCCUAUGGAAAAGGCCAACAAAACAGCUAGGACUUAUUCUAGUUCCCUUGCUAAAUUUCAGUUCUUUUGUAUUUGA